AUGCGUAUUCGCCUACAGCCCCGCAGGAGACCACAAGGUAAGCGAUCCCCAGGUAAGCUGAAUGUUGCCUUGUUGUCCUUGCCCGCUCACCAUCUUCAUUUCAGCAAUGAACUAGCUCAACGGCUAGACAACCUUCCAAUCGCUGCCGCCGCCGACGACGACGCCGCCACCACUGCCGAAAGCGUCUCCGUGGAGAACCGCUGGUGUCAACUGCGAGACACGGUCCAGUCGACGGCGCUCGCCGUCCUCGGUUGCGCUCCCCGCCAACACCAGGACUGGUUCGACAACAACGACGCCGCCAUCAGAAAUCUGCUCACCGAGAAGAACCGCCGACACAAAGCCUACGUAGAUCACCCCACUGAGAACAACAAAGCUGCCUUCUACCGCAGUCGCCGACAGCUUCAGCAACGACUGCGCGAGAUGCAGGACGCCUGGACUGCUCGCAAAGCUGAGGAGAUCCAAGGGUACGCGGACCGCAACGAAUGGAAGAACUUCUUCUCUGCGAUCAAAGCUGUCUACGGUCCGCCGACGAAGGGCACUGCCCCUCUCCUCAGUGCCGACGGCCGUACCCUCCUGACUGAGAAGACACCAGUUCUACAGCGAUGGGCCGAGCAUUUCCGAGGCGUCCUCAACCGCCCCUCCGUCAUCUCCGACGCCGCCAUCGAGCGUUUGCGGCAAGUGGAGACCAACAUGGGCCUCAACCUCGCGCCAUCUCUCCAGGAGACCAUCAGGGCCGUGCAGCAGCUGUCCAGCGGGAAAGCACCCGGAUCGGACGCGAUCCCUGCUGAGGUCUACAAGCACGGAGGUCCCCAACUAAUGGAUCACCUGACUGCGCUCUUCCAAGAAAUGUGGCGUCAAGGGGAAGUCCCGCAAGAUUUCAAAGACACAACAAUCGUGCACAUAUACAAGCGAAAAGGGAAUCGCCAAGUCUGCGACAAUCACCGCGGCAUUUCCCUGCUGAACAUCGCCGGGAAGAUCUUCGCUCGCAUCCUGCUCAACCGCCUCAACAGCCAUCUGGAACAGGGCCUUCUGCUGGAAAGCCCAUGCGGCUUCCGUCGUCAUCGUGGGACCACGGAUAUGAUCUUCGCCGCCCGUCAACUUCAGGAGAAGUGUCAGGAGAUGCGGCCCCACCUGUACUCUACCUUCGUGGACCUGACGAAAGCCUUCGACACGGUGAAUCGUGAAGGACUGUGGAAGAUCAUGCAGAAAUUCGGCUGUCCGGAGCGAUUCACUCAGAUGGUGCGUCAGCUGCACGACGGUAUGAUGGCGCGAGUCACGGACAACGGAGCUGUCUCAGAGGCAUUCGCCGUGACCAACGGAGUGAAGCAGUAA